AUGGAUCUAGCAGUAUUAUGCGUGAAUGAACUGCUAGAUGCUGUACGGAGAGGGGACUUAGACGACGUCAAGGACAUAGUUGACUGGUUCGAACAAGACUUGGAUUGCAACAGAACGUUUUUAGUUGCAGUGUACGCCGGAGCCAGGCCAUGUCCUACACAGGACGAACUCGUCAUUGCCGCGUGUUCCCACAACCAGAAGUGUGUCCUCGACUACUUGCUGAGUGAAACUGAUAUAUUGGAGUAUCUCACUGACAGUACACAAGACAUCACACAAGUGAUUGAGAAGAGAACCGAAGCGGUCAGACAUGCGCUGCGGCUGGAAGAUUUCGAUAUGGUGGAGAAAUUGUACAACUACUGGAGCGGCGACUUGUAUUGGAACGGACACGAAAAGGAUAAGUUUAAGAAUCUUGGAAAAAUACUGAAAGACGCUGAAAACCCAGCCAUUGUAAGGGACCAACAACUGCUUAUUAAUUUUAAAUCACUCGUCACACUGAAUGACUUUCAACAAGAGCUGUACAGUAAACUGCCACAGCCACAGUCACAUGACGCUCCCGCAGAAGACACUGCUAAAGUACUACUGACUGUGUUGAGUAUAUAUGACAAGUAUUCAGAUAUAGAUAGGGUAAGAAUACCAGACGUUACACACAAAAUCGAACUUCUACUCAAAUCGUACUUUGAAGAUAAGAGCAGCACAUACUUCAGAGCACUCGCGUAUAUUAAGUACGAAGUCUAUUUUCGAAAAUUGGAUUUUAAUAUAGCGUUACUUCUGUUGGAAAAGUUGUACAUUAUAAGAAAUCAUUUAAUAAAACGUUUCAAAAAAUUCAACGCAUAUUUCGAAAAUAAUAAAAAGUUACACGAUCAAUACAAAAGCGCAUCGUCCUCGUACAAGGACAUAGAAUGUGCUAUCUAUCAUCUUAUCUACCGGACGAGUGAAGACUGGAGACUGUACCUACCUGCGGACAGACAGUUAACAGUGGAAACUCAUCACCUAGGUGUUUAUAAUGGUAGCAUAAUUAGGAAACUUAAAACAUCAUUCGAUCUACAUAAGUUGUACAACGGUCCUGUGCUAUACUUCGAGCGCAGGUAUUUUAAGAAAUCAGUCAAUAAAUUAAAAAAAAUAUUAAAGAAACAUGUCAUUGGUAAAGAACCAACAAUGACAUCAAUGACAAGAAGCAACCAGAAAAACUUGGAAAUAUUAUUAGAAGUGAAUUAUCUUACGCCAAUGAUGUACAUGAGUGAGCAUUACUCAUUAAGAAAAAUUGUUACAUACAUCGAAGCUCUCGAACAGACUACUAAUGCAGAUGUCAUUAUGAUUGAAAGAGUGCUUCAGGUUAUAGGAGAAAUGCUAAAAAACACUUCUGAGUCGUCACAUAUAUCAGACUUUACGAAAGCUCUCUUGCAGACAGCAAUAUCUGCAGACACCAUCAAACAUCUACAAGACAUUAGAGAGUUCUUGUCACAUACUGACGAAGGACAACUGAGCAUCAGGAUUGAUAUCGAGAACAAACAAGCUGAUAUGUUACUAAAUGUUAAAGAUGAAUUAGUGAAAAUCAAAGAACAAAUUGUUCCUAUUCUUGAUUAUGUAAAUCUGUUCUUGAUAAAUCGUUAUUACAAAAAGGUUUAG